CCAGUGAAAGUGAAAGUGUUCAGACUGGUUCUCACUUCAAGGAGCAGACGGAGGAGACGUGAAGUCUGAGGCUGAUAAACAUUGAAACUGAUGUGAAAGAUCAUUUCACUGUGUUCUGCUGUAAACUGAGCGCAGAACCAGAGGAAAUAGACCAGACCUUGAAUAUCUAGAAGAGCAGCGUGGCCUGAACCACAACUGAGCCGCAGCCGGUGCAACAUGGACGAGGACACUUCAGAGCAAGUUGGACCCUCAACCACAAAAGGUCAGGACCACAGACUGAGAGCAGAGUCUCCAGGGUCCAGCUGUCUGUCUCUGAAGAGUGACAUGUCCAUGGAACAGCCUCUACUCUUCAGUAAUGAACCUGGACCCUCACACACAAAAGGUCAGGACCACAGACUGAGAGCAGAGUCUCCAGGGUCCAGCUGUCUGUCUCUGAAGAGUGACUGGUCCAUGAUGACUCCUCCACUCUUCAGUAAUGAACCUGGACCCUCACACACAGAGGAGAGGAAGAGGAGUCAUGUUUCUGAGGAGGAGCAGUCGUCCUGCUGUGCUUCGUGUCAGGACGUCCUGAAGGAUCCAGUCUCCACCAGCUGUGGACACUGGUUCUGCAGACAGUGCAUCACCUCAUACUGGGACCAGUCUGGUUCUUCAGGAGACUCCUUCUGUCCCCAGUGUGGACAAAGAUCCAGAAGAGGAGCUGGAGCAGAUCCUGGUCUGCAGGAGGUUGUAGAUGAACAUAAGCUCAGUGUGAGGAGGAGAUGUGAACAUGUGACUGAAGGAAGUGAUGAAACAGGAAGUAGAACCCUCCUCAACAGGAUCUACACUGAGCUCUACAUCACAGAGGGACAGAGUGAAGAGGUUAAUACUCAACAUGAGGUGAGGCAGCUUGAGACGGCUUCCAAGAAGAGGAUCCUCCAGGACACUCCCAUCAAGGUCCACGACAUCUUUAAAGCCUCCACUGACCAGCAGAGCAGCAUCAGAGUCGUCCUGACCAACGGCGUCGCUGGCGUUGGAAAAACCUUCUUGGUGCAGAAGUUCACUCUGGACUGGGCAGAGGGUUCAGAGAACCAGGAUGUGGGUCUGCUGGCUGUGCUUUCGUUCAGGGAGCUGAACCUGGUGAAGGACCAGCAGCACAGUCUUCUCACGCUGCUCCAUGUUUUCCAUCCAGCGUUACAGAAGCUCACUGCAGAGACGCUCGCUGUCUGUAAACCUUUGUUCAUCUUUGACGGCCUGGAUGAAAGCAGACCUUCUCUGGACUUCAACCACAGGGAGCUUGUGUCUGAGGUCACACAGAGGUCAUCAGUCAACGUGCUGCUGACAAACCUCAUCCGGGGGAAUCUGCUUCCCUCGGCUCUCGUCUGGAUAACCUCCAGACCUGCGGCGGCCAAUCAGAUCCCUCCUGCAUGUGUUGACAGGGUCACAGAAGUACGAGGCUUCACUGAGGCCCAGAAGGAGGAGUACUUCAGGAGGAGAUUCAGUGAUGAAGAGCUGUGCAGCAGAAUCAUCUCACACAUCAAGACGUCCAGGAGCCUCCACAUCAUGUGUCAAAUCCCAGUCUUCUGCUGGAUCACUGCUACAGUUCUGGAGCACAUGUUGACCACAGACCAGAGAGGAGAGCUGCCCAAGACCCUGACUGACCUGUACUCACACUUCCUGCUGGUUCAGACAAAGAGGAAGAACAACAAGUACGGUGAGGGACAUGAGACGAGUCCACAGCAGCUGACGGAGGCUGACAGGGACGUUCUCCUGAAGCUGGGGAGGCUGGCACUUCAACAUCUGGAGGAAGGAAACAUCAUGUUCUACCAAGAAGACCUGGAGCGGUGUGGUCUUAAUGUCACAGAGGCCUCGGUGUACUCAGGAGUUUGUACUGAGAUCUUCAGAAGAGAGUGUGUGAUCUUCCAGAAAUCAGUCUACUGCUUUGUUCAUCUGAGCGUUCAGGAGUUUCUGGCUGCAGUCUACAUGUUCCACUGUUACACCGAGAGGAACAGAGAAGAACUCAACAACUUCUUGGGAACAUGUGAGGACACAGACAGGACCUUCUCCCUGGAUGACCUCCUGAAGAGAACCAUGGAGAAAUCCCUCACCAGUACAAAUGGUCAUCUGGACCUGUUUGUUCGCUUCCUUCACGGCCUCAGUCUGGAGUCCAACCAGAGAGUCUUAGGAGGCCUGCUGGGUUGGACUGGGAACAAUCCAGAGAUCAUCCAGAGAGUCUUAGGAGGCCUGCUGGGUCGGAGUGGGAACAAUCCAAAGAUCAUCCAGAGAAUCUUAGGAGGCCUGCUGGGUCGGACAGGGAACAAUCCAGAGAACAAUCCAGAGAUCAUCCAGAGAGUCAUCAAUAGCCUGAAGAAGAUGAAGAGUGAUGACAUUUCUCCUGACAGAAGCAUCAACAUCUUCCACUGUCUGACUGAGAUGAACGACCACUCAGUUCAUCAGCAGAUGAAACAGUUCCUGACGUCAGAGAACAGAUCAGAGGAGAAACUCUCUGGGAUCCACUGCUCAGCUCUGGCCUACAUGCUGCAGAUGUCAGAGGAGGUUCUGGAUGAGUUGGACCUGAUGAAGUUCAACACAUCAGACCAGGGUCGACUGAGACUGAUCCCAGCUGUGAGGAACUGCAGGAAGGCUCUAGUCAGUUGUUGUGGACUCUCAGAGACUCACUGUGAAGUCGUGGCCUCAGCUCUGAAGUCAGACCCCUCACAUCUGAGAGAACUGGAACUGAGUAGCAACAACCUGCAGGACUCAGGAGUGAAGAAGCUGUGUUCUGGACUGGAGAGUCCAAACUGUCGACUGGAGACUCUGAGGUUGUGGAGCUGCAGUCUGUCAGAGAUCAGCUGUUCUUCUCUGGCUUCAGCUCUGAGGUCAAACCCCUCUCAUCUGAGAAAACUGGAUCUGAGGAACAACGACCUGCAGGACUCAGGAGUGAAGGAGCUUCUUGAUCUACAGCAGAGUCCAACCUGUGGACUGGAGACUCUGAGGUGGAGCUGAGUGUGAAGAGGACAGUGUGAAGAGGACAGUGUGUGUGGACGGAGGCUGAGCUGUGUCCUGAGGAUCCAGAGGCUGAAGCAGCAGCAGCUUGUGUGUAGUCUCCAAUCUACACAACCCCUAAUCUGCAUGUGUUUGUGAGAUGAAGCCGGAGCACCUGGAGAAAACACGGGGAGAACAUGCAGACUCCACACAGGAAGACCCCAUCUGAACCGGAUUCAAACCAGCAACCUUCCUGCCCCGAUUGUGUUUAUUCACAUGAAGAAUGUGUUUAUUGAAAUGACACAACACAAGCAGAAUAUAUAAACCCUCUAUAAAGAGUCACAUACAGUGUGUUUAAGUUUGUCUUUAUUAUUGUCCACCUUUGUCCCUCAGUGUGUCUCCAUGUGUGUAGAACCACAUUCUGUGUAGAUGUUUGUUUAUGAUCUUAAAGUUCCUGGAUUCACGUCACAAAUUGAUUUAGUUCAACACAAAGUUCAACACAUUGAAAUCACUUUGAGUUUAAAAUCAGAGUUUUGUCUUUGACACAAAAGAUCAAAACUCUGGACUUAAAAAUGGGACGUUUUCAUUUCUGCAUCAGGUGCAGAGCGGUGGUGGCUUUUCUCCUUUUGACCCACAGGUGGCGCUGCAGUAUAACAGCAGCACAUCCCAGUCAAAGCCUUUAUAUUCAGUCUAUGAGUCAAACACAUGGAUCAUUUCCUCUGUGACAAACCAGAUGUAACGAGAAGAAAAACAUCUCAGAGAGAAAAGUUCUGUUUCUACUUGUCUCUGCUUUAAUGCUCAAUAAACAUCCUUCCACCGA